GUUCACCGGAGAAAGAAGUAAGGUAGGUAUGUUUAUGAGAGACGUGUCUGCUUGUAAUACAUACAAUUAUGGUGAUGCCCUUUAUUGGGAUGCGCGUUAUGUGCAAGAAGCAGGCAGUGGUUCCUUUGAUUGGUACCAACGUUACUCUGCUCUUCGCCCUUUUGUUCGCCACUAUGUUCCUACAUCCUCAAGAGUCCUCAUGGUUGGCUGUGGCAAUGCUGUGAUGUCGGAGGACAUGGUUAAGGAUGGUUACGAAGAAAUAGUGAAUGUCGAUAUAUCAACAGUGGCUAUUGAUAUGAUGAGAAGGAAGUAUGAGGAUGUUCCGCAGUUGAAAUACUUGGAAAUGGACGUAAGAGAUAUGAGCUUCUUUCCUGAUGAAUCAUUUGACGCUGUCAUUGAUAAAGGAACCCUUGAUUCACUAAUGUGUGGUACCAAUGCUCCAAUUUGUGCUGCACAAAUGCUUGGAGAAGUGAGCAGGCUUCUCAAAAAUGGAGGUGUUUAUAUGUUGAUAACAUAUGGUGAUCCUACAUCCAGGAUGUCUCAUCUGAAUCGACCAGUGUUUAACUGGAAAAUUGAGCUAUACAUCAUACCUAGACCAGGAUUUCAAAAGCAUGGUGAUCCCCCUUCUAAUGUGAAGUCAUGCUUGGAACCUAUUCCCCUAACCGAGAAGGGCCUACUUCCAGCUGAUUAUGUGAUGGAAGAUCCGGAUUCUCAUUUUAUAUACAUCUGUAAAAAAAUGGAUGAAUCGGUGGAGCUGAGCAACAAAUCCGUAGAUCUAUUAACUGCUGAUUUACAAGGAAUCGCUUUAGGCUUGUGAAGCAUUGCUACUUCAAGUCAGGGUGUUCAAAUUGGCUCUGAAGCGUGUACUCUUGUUAUCUAGGCUUCUAGUGUAUCUCCUUUUAUUGUAUUCAUACUUCACAAAAGGAGACUUUUGGGGUGGGAGAGGGGAGGAUCUUGUUUGUCUUUGUUUUUCCUUUGUCCGGGCCAGCUUGCCCGCGCCUCGACUAUUCCACGGGAACUAUCACUUCUCUAGACGGAUGGGCAGAAAUCAUUGAUCCCCCGUGAUGUUUAAUCUUCUCUCUUUUCUUACCUUUCCUCUUUUAGGGUGGGAAGAGGUGAACGGGAGAGGGGGAGGGGGGCAAAUAUUUGGCAGUGUUUCUGUUGAGCAUUGUUCGGCUAUAAGAAGAAGCCAAAAUAAGUGACUCGCUCCCAGAUGGUCUUGGGCAUGCCGCAAGCUUGUGCUAGGUGGUUUAUAUUGUGAAUCUAAUAAAAGAUACCCUUAGUUAUUAUCAGUAUCUAAACAAUUUUGCUUCAUAAAGUUGUGUGGGACAAGGCUAGAAUACUUGAUUCAGUUUUGUACUUCCAGUUGGUUCAGGCCUAUUUACAAGGCUUUCUGGUUUUCAGUGCUGCUACACAAUCAUUCUAUUAUGGAGUUAUUGUUUGGUGU